AUAAUUCAGCGCAACAUCGGGACAGAUUGACAAAGAGGGUAGGCUACUCAAUUCUGGACUGGAGACUAGUUUAAUAUGUUUUUUAGGACAUUUCGUAACAGUUAAAAAUAUCUCCAACUACUAAAGUUACGAACUGAUACAUUUUUUUCCCGUGUUUUUAAGAUUUCGAAGCACGGCUUUAGCCGGGAAAGUUCUUUUGUUUUCGGGUUUCAUGUGAAAGUAAUUUCCUGCGACUGUUCGGUGGAUAAUGCGCCCCUGACUCAUUUAUUGCGUUUAGUUAGUACGCUGUAUUUGGGAGUUAAAGUAAACAUGUGAAGACAAAAAAAAAAAAAAAGAGCCAGAAGGCAUUUCCUGAAGUUUGGAGCUGAUAACCUGGAAUGAGUUCAGCCGCCUCCUGGGAAAAGGAGACGACAGUCCGAGCUGCGGAAGCUAACAGAGGCUCCCACUAACUGGAACUGGGGCUAGGUUUGGGGGAUUCCUGCUAGUUUUCGUGAAUAAACGUUAUCACGACCGUGGAUUGAGAAUUAUAAAUGAGUCGUUUGCCAAACAAAGGAGGACACGGUCGUGUUGAGAGAAAUGGAGGAAGGAUCACUUGAACACGCUGAGAUUUCGUCUUCUGGCUGUUUUUCAUGGCUUUGAGCUAACCCUGUUCCGUCCUCUGUAAAUGCUGCAGCAGCGGUGGACAGUUUCACAAUGACGCUGCGGUUGUUGGUGUUUUCACUGCUGCUGUUGCUCAGAGGCUCCGCGGCACAGCAGUCCGCCUGCAAAACGUCGGACGAGCGGUCGAGAAGCGGGGGGAGAAGCCCGCCGUCCGACAGGAAGGUGGUCUGCAGCAACAUGGAGCUCGAACAGGUGCUACCCCCGGACUUCUUCCCGAACAGAACCGUCACCCUAAUUCUCAACAACAACAAGAUUCAAGAACUCAGAAAUGGAUCCUUCUUUGGAUUGUCUGCUUUGGAAAAAUUGGAUCUGCGCAGUAACAUAAUUAGCCGUAUUGAGCCAGGCGCUUUUCUGGGCUUGCCAGCACUGAAAAAACUAGACCUAUCCAACAACAGCAUUGAUUGUCUUAAUGGAGACGUCUUCAAGGGCCUCACCAGUUUGACCAGACUAAAUAUUUCAGGCAACUUGUUCUCUUCUCUGGCCCAGGGGACAUUUGACAGACUGGUGUCUCUGAAGUCGCUAGAGUUUCAGACGCCUUUCCUGCUUUGUGACUGCAACCUCCUGUGGCUCCUGCGUUGGACCAAAGACCGAACCGUCGCUGUGAAGAGCACAAAGUGCUCCUUCCCUCAGUCCCUCCAGGGGCAACUUAUAACCUCCCUCAGACCAGAGCUCCUCACCUGCGAUGCUCCCCUGGAGCUGCCCUCCUUCCAGCUCACUCCAUCCCAGCGUCAGGUGGUCUUCCAGGGGGACAGCCUGCCGUUCCAGUGCCAAGCUUCCCUGGUGGCUGAAGACAUGCAGGUGCUCUGGUACCAAAACGGCCGCAUGGUCCAGCCUGACGCCACUCAAGGCAUCUUCAUCGAAAAGCGCGUUCUGCAGAACUGCUCUCUGAUUGCUAGUGCUUUGACCAUCUCGAACAUUCAGCCUGGUUUUACGGGGAACUGGGAGUGUCGGGUCCGGACGAGCAGGGGCAAUACCACCAGGACGGUCCAUAUUGUGGUGCUGCAAAGUUCUGCCAAGUACUGCGCUCCUGAACGCGUCUCCAACAACAAGGGAGAGUUCAGAUGGCCCCGCACUCUGGCAGGGAUCAGAGCGUACCUCGACUGCAACAGGCUGCCAUCCAACGCCGGCGGUCCAGCUGAAGGCCGGCAGGCGUGGCGCUACUGCAGCCGCGAGGGGCUGUGGGCCGAGGACGACUACUCCCUCUGUCAGUUUCAGAAAGACGCCACCAGAUUUCUCUUCGUCAUCAACCAGAUGCCUCUGAAUGAGAGCAACGUGGAGAACAUAGCUCAACGCUUGCGAGUCUACACCAUCGACGCAGCCAACUUCUCAGACAAGAUGGACAUCAUCUUUGUGGCUGAGAUGAUCGAGAAGUUUGGAAAGUUUGUUGAGAAGAUUAAAGAUUUGGGUGAGGUGAUGCUCAACAUGGCCAGUAACCUGAUGCUGGCUGAUGAGAGAGUUCUGUGGAUGGCUCAGCGUGAAGCCACGGCCUGCUCCCGCAUCAUCGCCUGCCUCCAAAGGAUAGCCACCUACCGCCUGGCCACAGUGCAGGCUUUCUCUCUGAUGUCCCCCAACAUUGCCCUGGAGGCCCACGCCGUCAGGGCCAACGACUGGAACGGCAUGACCUGCAUGUUGUUCCAGAGGCCCCCACCGGAGCGAACGUCUGGCCAGGACCGCAAGUUCUCCUUCAAAUGCAACACCACCAGCUCUGUCUCCACCGUCCUCUACAAGAGCGCCGUCGUGGAGGCUUCGUUGCAGCUCCCUCAGUCUCUGCUGAGCCAGGCUGUUCUCCCGGGGCGGGCAGAUGAUACGAUCUACAAACUCCACCUGCUGGGCUUCCGCAGCGGCAAGUUUUUCCCCUCCACUGGAAACACCUCCCUCCUGGCUGACGGCGGGAAGAGGAGGAGCGUGGCCACACCUGUUAUUGUGACAGAGAUAGACGGUGUGUCUCUGCGUGACCUGAGGACCCCCGUCAACAUCACCCUGCGACGGUUCGCACACGGCUCGGACGCCGUGCCCGCCUGCUGGAACUUCAGCCUGGCAGGGGGUCUGGGCGGCUGGAGGAGCGAGGGCUGCCGCAUUCAGGAGCAUCAGGACAAUUUCACCACCAUCUCCUGCAACUCUCUGAGCAACUACGGUUUGCUCAUGGACCUCAGCAGUGUUGACCAUUUCUCUCCGAGCAUCCAGCCGUUGCAUCCAGUCAUCUAUGCAACAAGCGUCAUACUGCUGCUCUGCCUGCUUACCAUUAUAAUCAGCUACAUUUACCAUCACAGGUGUGUUCGUGUGAGCUGCAAGUUUUGGCACAUGCUGGUCAACCUCUGCUUCCACAUCUCCCUCACAUGUGGGGUUUUUGUAGGCGGCAUCAAUCAGACACGUAACGCGAGCGUCUGCCAAGCAGUGGGUAUUUUGAUGCACUAUUCCACUCUUGCUACGGCCCUGUGGGUCGGCGUGACGGCACGCAACAUAUACAAGCAGGUGACACGCAAGGCCAAAUGCUACGUGGAGCUGGACGAGCCGCCGCCGCCGCCGAGGCCGAUGCUCAGGUUCUACUUGAUCGGCGGAGGGAUCCCCAUUAUUGUCUGUGGGAUCACAGCAGCAGCCAACAUCAAAAACUACGGCAGUCAGGCAAACGCACCAUAUUGCUGGAUGGGAUGGGAGCCAAGCAUCGGGGCUUUUUAUGGCCCGGCAGGAUUUAUCAUCUUCGUGGACUGUAUGUACUUCCUGAGCAUCCUGCUGCAGUUGCGCAGACACCCUGAACGCCGUUACGAGCUAAAGGAGCCAACCGAAGAGGACCAGCACCUGGCUUCAGUCAGCAGCGAGGCGGGGCCCGACGGACCCAGCAGCCACUGUCAACCUCUCACCCUCCAGCUUCAGCCACAUGAGGCACCCUCCUCUGUCACGUCAACCCCCAACUCUGUGCCUCUGUCAGCACUGGAGAACGAGCAUACCUUUGCUGCCCAGCUGAUGGGCGCAGGUGGAGCGUUAGGACUGUACGCAGCCCUCUGGGUGUUUGGUGCCAUGGCUAUAUCACAGGAGCACCCGUUUGACUUGACUUUUACCUGCCUGUAUGGGGCGACAGCUCUGGCCCUCGGGGCAUUCAUGGUGAUUCAUCACUGCAUCAACAGACAAGACAUGAGGAGCUUUUGGUCGCAGGUCUGUUGCUCUAGAAGGCAAGCCUACUCCGCUCAGGAGGACGCCCUUCUGCCUCUGCCAGGUGUGGCAGCGACACCCACGGCAGUGUCUGAUAGCAAGGCAGACGGGGAGUCAACAAAGUGUGGCCAAAGCAGCGCCGGCUCAUCCUACACAAACAAAAGUGGCCCAAGCACACGCCCCUCCACGCACGGUAACAAACUGACCAAUCUGCACGCAGAGGCAGCUCAGUGCAAAUCCUCCUCAGCAACGGUCAACGGCACGGCUGUUUUGGACACCAGUCUGACUGAGCAUUCUCUAGAUAAUGACAUAAAAAUGCACGUGGCACCAAUGGAGGUGCAGUUCCACGCAGUGAACAACCCUGCGGCUAACGGACACGCGAGCAGGCAUUUAAAAAACAGAGUGCGAGCGCACAGAGCGAGUCGGCUAACGGUGCUGCGCGAGUACGCCUACGACGUGCCUACGAGCGUGGAGGGCAGCGUGCAGAGCACCCCCAGCAGGCGUCACCACCACUACGAACUAGCUGCGCGCAACAGCCGCCGGGCGGCGUACAUGGCCUACAGGGAGCGCCAUCAGAGCCAGCUGCAGCAGGACAGCAGCGACAGUGCCAGCCUGCCGCGCCGCUCCCGCUUCUCCGACAAUGGAAGCAGCAGCUUGUUGGGGAACGGAGCUGUGGUGGCCGUAGAGAAAGAGCAGGCCACCUCCUCCGGAUUAUCAAACACGAGUAAAGACUGCAGUCCCGUUCGGCAGCCCGGCUGCACAGAACUAGAAAACAAGGCGUACGGGCUCAACCUCGUCACUCAGAACAGUGGAACACUGAAAGAGAACGGACAAGCGGUGGCUUUAAGUAACAGUGACAGCACCAGUAUAAAAACUGGUUUGUGGAAACAUGAAACUACGGUAUAGCAGCACUUCCUGUCCCAAAGACUGCGUAUUAAGGCCUGCAUACCUCUAAACUGUGAAAUUCUGAUUGUACCGUUUAUCUUCUGCAAACAAAGUCUCGAACAUUUUGGAUAAUUUAGCAAAAAUACUGCCAACGAACUGUUCCUGUAGAUUAUAUUUAGAAGUUAUUUUUAUUUUUUUUAC